CGGUGGAUGACAAGCUGCUGUCCAAGCCGCUCAAGCACCCCGACUUCUUCAACGUGAAGGAGCUCUUCUCUCUGAAAGAUCUCUUUGAUGCUCGAGUGCACCUGGGGCACAAAAAGGGAUGUCGGCAUAGGUUCAUGGAGCCCUACAUCUUCGGCUGCCGCCUGGAUCAGGACAUCAUCGACUUGGAUCAGACGAUGCAGCACCUCCAGCUGGCCCUCAACUUCACCGCCCACGUCGCCUACCGCAAGGGCAUCAUCCUCUUCAUCAGCCGCAAACGCCAGUUCUGCCACCUCGUCGAGAGCACGGCACGGGAGUGCGGGGAGUACGCCCACACCCGUUACUGGCAGGGCGGCCUGCUCACCAACGCCCACAUCCAUUUCGGGUCCGGCGUCCGCCUGCCCGACCUCUUCAUCUUCCUCAGCAGCCUCAACAAUGUCUUCGAGCCUCACGUGGCCAUCCGGGAUGCUGCCAAGAUGAACAUCCCCACGGUGGGGGUGGUGGACACAAACUGCAACCCCUGUUUGAUCACCUACCCGAUCCCCGGGAACGACGACAGCCCCUCCGCCAUGGAGCUCUACUGCAAGCUCUUCAAGAUGACCAUCAUCCGCGCCAAGGACAAGAGGAGGCAGAGUGAGGUCUUCGACGAGCUGCGGAGGAAAGCGGAGGGCAAUUAG